AACGUCUGUCGUCCCACCACUUUUGAGUUUCCAUCCCCUCAACUCUUGGUCCUCUGGCAGCUGUGUUGUCCAGAGAUGAUGAGCUCGAAAAAAACUGUGAAGACUUUCAGCAGUCACUCCUCUGUUGGAGUGAGCAGCAACAGACGGACACCCCUGUCCCGUUCAGGGAUGGUUUCGAGAGAAGGUUGGGGCUCCAGUCCAGUCCUUUACCCUUCGAUUACAGCUGUAAAGGUCAAUGAAAGUCUUCUGGCACCUCUAAAUCUGGACAUCGACCCGAGCAUCCAGGCCAUCAAGACUCAGGAGAAAGAACAGAUCAAGACACUCAACAACCGAUUUGCUUCAUUCAUUGACAAAGUACGCUAUCUAGAACAACAGAACAAGAUGCUGGAAACUAAGUGGAGUGUCCUGCAGGAACAGACCAGCCGACAGUCCAACAUUGAUAUGAUGUUUGAGGGCUACAUUUCUGGUCUGCGCAGACAGCUGGACAGUUUAGGUAAUGAGAAGCAGCGUCUGGAGUCUGGCCUGCGGGACAUGAACACACUGGUUGAAGACUUUAAGAGCAAGUAUGAAGAUGAAAUUAACAAACGAAGCGAUUCUGACAACGAAUUUGUGCUUCUUAAAAAGAAUGCUGAUGAUUCAUAUCUGAGUAAAGUGGAGCUGGAUUGUAAAUUGGAUGCCCUUUCAGAAGAGAUCAACUUCCUUUGGCAGAUUUAUGAAGCGGAACUUCAUGAGCUCCAGACUCAGAUCAAGGACACUUCAGUUGUUGUAGAAAUGGACAACAGCAGGAAUCUGGACAUGGAAUCUAUUGUGGCUGAAGUUCGUGCUCAGUAUGAAGACAUCGCCAGCCGCAGCCGUGCCGAAGCAGAGAGCUGGUACCAACAAAAGUAUGAAGAAAUGCAGCUGACCGCAACCAAACAUGGAGAUGACCUGAAAAACUCCAAGGCAGAAAUCUCAGAGUACAACAGAAGAAUUGCACGUAUUCAUUCUGAGAUGGAGCUCAUUAAGGGACAGUUCUCAAACCAUGAAGGGCAGAUCAAAGAGGCAGAAGAGCGUGGUGAACUGGCUGUGAAAGAUGCCAGGCUGCGUCUGCAGGAGCUGGAAGCUGCUCUUCUGAGGGCCAAACAGGACAUGGCCCGACAGGUGCGCGAGUACCAGUCCCUGAUGAACAUCAAACUGGCUCUGGACAUUGAGAUCGCCACCUAUAGGAAACUCCUGGAAGGGGAAGAGAGCAGACUGUAUACGUCAUACCAGACACACUACAUCACUAAACCAGGCUCACUCAACUAUGAUCUUGAAAGCAGCCUUAUAGGAGUAUCAUCCCAAAAUGCCACGAAGGAUAUUCAUAACACAGGCCUGGUUAAGCAGGAAGUGGUGGUUAAUAAGGGUGGCAGUUCUAGCAGCCUCACCACCGUCACCAAAAGCACAAAGACCACCGUCGUCACCAGUGAGAUGGGGAAGAAGCUUGUGUCUACAGGGGGAAGUGUGCAGGUGAUGGAUAAAUCUGCACUUAAACAACUGGAGGAUGUUUUUGACUGAUGGAAGGAAAGAUAAGAGUGUAUUGCACAGGAUCCAAUUUUUAUAGGUUGUCCACCUCCUCCCACUCAACAGUGAGCAUGUCCAGUUUAGUAUCUGUUGUUAAGGCAUGGAAGAUAAAACUGUAUAACAAGAUUGACUAAAGAUGUAGUAUAUUUUUCAAGAAUCUCUAACGUUUGCUUGUUCCCUAUGAUUAAUGAUAACUAAACAUCUGUUAAUGUGAACAGUCAAAGAGUAAGACA